AUGAAUAAUUUUCAUCCUAAUACUUCUCUUCACUUAAUCAACCAAUCAGAAAAUGAGAAUAUUCAUCAUCAUCGUCAUCAUCAUCAUCUGAAUCUAGAUCUUGUUCUUGAACCAUCUUCUUCAUCAUCGUCAUCCUCACCUAUAAGCUCAACCGAGCAAAGGAUAUUCUCAUGCAACUACUGUCAGAGAAAGUUUUACAGUUCUCAAGCUCUUGGAGGACACCAAAAUGCUCACAAACUUGAGAGAACACUUGCAAAGAAGAGUAGAGAGAUAACUUCAGCCAUGCAAUCCUAUAAUGAAUUACCAGAACACCCUUCAAACUACAACAAUACUUUUGGUCAUGGAAACUCUCAUCUUGACGGUAACCAUGGACAAGGAGGUCAUUUCAUGAGGUAUGGUGGAAGAAAAGAAGGUGUGAGUUCUUCUUGGUCAAGGGGUUAUAACAGUUCUUCUGAACAUGUUCAGGAAGAUAUUAACCAACUUGACUUGUCCUUAAGGCUUUGA